CGCGUCGCCAGUACGCUUUCGUUAUUCCCGCGGAAUGCGUGUAUUUCCUUCGAAAAUAAUAUUUAUUAAAAAACGACGUGUGUCGUUCGAGACCAAUAUCUAAGGUCGCUAAUUAGUUGUAAAGUGUUUAAGAGUGAGUUGCACCAACUUACUUUAACGAUAACAAAACUCGAACCAACGGUCAAAUCUCUGGUUAAGUCAAUAAUGGAUUGCACCAUUUUAACAAUGGUUAAAAUGACGUCAUAUUUAACGAUAACCGUAACCAGUCAAUUUUGGCCGGUUAUCGUUAUUGCUAAGUUAACAAAUGUCAAAAUCUUGUCAAAAUAAUAACCUAGUCCGUUGUUUUCUGUUGUUUUAUCAUAUUUAAGUAUAAAAAAAUUAAAAAUGUCUUUAGUACGUGAUAUUUUAUGGGAAUCUAGUUCUUCUGACGACGAAAAUUAUAAUGAUUUACCUAAUUCUCGAAAGAAAAAAGUGUAUCAACCACGUGUUAAUCGAUUCCUAAAAUGGAAUGAGCAGGAGUUCUUGGAUAGAUUUCGGAUUUCCAAAGGUUUAGCACGAGCCCUGGCUUCUCAUUUAGCACCAUUGCUCCAAACCAGAACCAUGAAAAACUUUGCAGUUACUCCAGAGCAGCAAAUAAUAAUGGCAUUGGAAUUUUACGCAUGUGGUUCUUUUCAACGCUGCAUUGGGGAUGCUGCAGGUGUUCACAAAUCUACUGUUUGUCGAAUAAUUCAUCGAGUGAGCAGAGCUAUAGCCGGACUAAGAACAGACUGGAUUGCAAUGCCUAAAAAUAUUGAGGAAAUGGAAACUGAGGCCAAAAAAUUUUAUGAAAUAUGUGCAUUUCCUAAAGUAAUAGGAACUAUAGACUGCACACAUAUACCAAUCAAAUCGCCAGGUGGUGCAGAUGCAGAAACAUAUAGAAAUAGAAAACAGGUAUUUUCUCUUAAUGUGCAAGUAAUCACAAAUGCUGAGAUGUACAUUACAAAUAUAGUUGCUAGAUGGCCUGGAAGCUGUCACGACAGCCAUAUUUUCAACAGCAGUGUCAUUAAGGGACGCCUAGAAGAUGGAGAAUUUGAUGGUUUUUGGUUACUAGGAGACAAAGGUUAUGCCAAUAAACCAUAUUUGCUAACACCUCUACGUAAUCCUGUUACAGAAGCUGAAAAACUGUACAAUGAAAGUCAUAUUCGUACUAGAAAUAUUGUAGAACGCAGUUUUGGUUGUUGGAAAAAAAGGUUUCCUGCAGUGUCAUGGAAACUCAGAACAAAUACAGCAAGAGCCCAAUGUGCUAUAGUGGCAAUGGCUGUCCUAUAUAAUAUUUGCAAGAAAUUGAGAGACCCGAUGCCAACAUGUUACGACUCUGAUAAUGAAUCAUCAGAUUCUGAUGACAAUGACCUGACCUCUGCAUAUGUUAGCCAGCAUGACGAGCAUAAUAGGAAUAUGCUAAUAAAUACUUAUUUUGAUAGAUUACAUUAAGAUAGACUAUGUUUUAAAUGAAUAAAUAAAAAAACUUCAAAAAUAAAAA